GACGGCUCGGCGGGGGUUCGCAAGCGGGGUAGCGCUGAACCGGGGCGGGGCGCAUCUCAGCCCAUCCAGGCGCCGCUCUGGCAGCGGCUCCCCUGAGAGCGCCCGACACGGGGGCGCCGGCUCUGGGCUCUCGUGGGACGACCCUGUCCGGGGCGGGGGGGCUGUGUCCAGCAGCGACCUCCGCAGAGCGCCGCGGCUGGAGAGGGCGGCGGAACGUCGAGCCCUGCCCCGGCUCGUGACUCCCCGCCGGUCACGGCUCGGCAGCGUGCGCGGGCGGCCGCUGGGCCGGUGCGCUAACGGGGCUCCCUGACUCGGGGGCGGCCAAGGCGCGGAGGGGUGGGUAGCCCGAGAGCCGGCUGUGGAGCUCCGCUGUCGCCUGAGCUCCGCCUCUGUGCGCGGGGACGCAGCGAGGUCAGACAGCGUCGCUCCCUGUGCGGUGCCGACCAGGCUGUCAUGGGCCCUUCUUACCCCCGCUCAGCUGGGGCGGCUGUGCUGGGUGAUUCGCCCUUAUCGCUGGUCUCCCUUCUACACAAGCCCUGCGGGCAUCCUUGUCAACCCGCACUCCCUGCAUCCUAGGGGGCACCGCAAACGCUGUUUUGGUAGCAAGGCAGAGAUGUACAGACAUGCCACUGGAAGUGAAACUGCUCCUCUGGCCAGACCUUCAGCUCUCGCCCCCCAGUCGGUACAGUUGUGCUGGGGGCUCCAGCGCCGGUAUAUCUGCAUGUAUUCAGUACCCAUGGAGGUGUUCCUCCAGCUGGAUGAUCUUUUGCAUAUUUUACAAUUAAGGACAGGCUGCCUCAAAUCCUAACUAGGGUUAUUGAUACUUUGCACCGACAUAAAAAUGAAUUCUUUGAAGAACAUGGAGAGAAAGGCAUUGAGGCAGAGAAGAAUACUAUAUCCAUCCUCUCUAAGUUAAGGAAUGAGCUGCAAACAGACAAACCAUUGGUUCCUUUGGAUGAUAAACUCCCUGAUGUUCCACUGUGGAAUCAAUACCUAGAAUAUCAACAAAAUUUAUUAGAUGGAAAUGAACAGCCAAGCUGGUUUCAGUCCCCUUGGUUAUAUGUGGAGUGUUACAUGUAUCGCCGCAUUCAUGAAGCACUAGUUCAUAAUCCUCCUAUUGAUGACUAUGAUGUAUUUAAAGAAGCAAAGGUUCACAGCUUCUUUGAAUCCCAACAAGCUAUUAUUGCUUUAUGCACUUACUUGCAGGAACUUCUUAAAAACAUUGAGGACCUAGAUGAAAAACAACUUCAGGAAGAAUUUUAUAAGCUGCUGCAGGUUUCAUUGUGGGGGAAUAAGUGCGACCUCUCCAUUUCAGCUGGUGAAGACAACUCUCAGAAAGCUAGUCCUGUAAAAUCGUUGGACAACUUGAAAACUUCCAUCUUAGUGGAUGAUAUGGAAAGCAUUUGGUCACUGCUUAUUAACAGCAAGAAAAGAAGAACUUCAGAAGAAGUUACUAGAGUUGACAUAGUGCUGGAUAAUGCUGGAUAUGAACUUAUUACUGAUCUAGUACUGGCUGACUUUCUGUUAUCAUCAAAGUUAGCUUCUGAAAUCCAUUUCCAUGGAAAGUGUAUUCCAUGGUAUGUAUCAGAUACUACAAAGCAAGAUUUUAAUUGGACUAUUAAACAGUUGCAGUCAGCUAAUAAUAAGUGGAUGUCUAGGUGUGGGAUAAACUGGGAGGGCAGUAUUAAAAAAGGAGUUUUGGUUUACCAUGAUCACAUGUUUUGGACUCUGCCACAUGAAUUUUGUAGUAUGGCUCAGGUUGCUACUGACUUGUACACUGAGCUGCAGAAGUCACAUUUAAUUAUUUUUAAAGGUGAUCUGAACUACAGGAAACUAACUGGAGAUAGAAAAUGGGAGUUUACUGUUCCAUUUCAUCAAGCCUUAAACAAAUUUCAUCCUGCACCUCUUUGCAGCUUGAGAACACUAAAAUCUGAUGUUCAGGUUGGUCUGAAACCUGGACAAGGUGAGCAGUUUGUGAAUUCUGAACCUGACUGGAUGAUAUGUGGGAAAUAUGGAGUAGUUCAGUUUGAUGCAUCUUUGUGAUUCAGCUGUGAGGUUGAUAGUUUACCUAGGGAUAGGUUUAAUUUGCACAGAGAGCUGUGCUUUUGCUGUUAAAUAUUGGGCUCUUCGUUUACCUGUUUCCUAUUUCUGGCAAGUGGCUUGUUACUACUGAUUUACAAAAGAUAAAGAUGUUGUGCAACAGUUUGCAAACUUUCCUUUUAGCACUCAAGUUAUUAAAUUGUAGAUAUUUUAUGAUCUAAAAUGUCAACAGAUGUUGGAGAUGAACAUGACUUCAGUUGUCCCUAAGAAUACUUUAUCUUUCAGUAAGUAAAGAGAAUUAAUGCUCAGUGGAAGUUACAAUUUACUUUAGGAACUGGAUCCACCUUGACAUGCAUUUACUGUUCCAGUACUGUUUGGCAUUUUCAAGCGCCAUAUGUUGCAUGGUACUUAAUUUUUUUUGAAUGCAUGAAUCUAACUUCUGGGUUUUCUGCAUCACUGCAGCAGAGGUCUUAUUUUAAAGCUGUUUGAUUUGUCUCUUACAAAGAGUAUUUUACAUAAUUUGACAAUGUU